UGAAAACCUAGUUGUAGCAGUUUGGCUAUUCAGAGCCCACUCACCUUGACUGUGUGUUUUGUGUGUGUACCCAUCCCUCCCCCAUGGCCGCCACAACCUUCAGCCAUUACUCCCCACCACAUAUCGACACCACCAACAAGCCCUUGUCUUUUGUCCACUCAAAACUCCUAUUCGCCAAAACCCUAACCCCCAGGAACUCAGUUUCUCUAAAAACCCAAUCUUUGAGGCCAAACCCCCCAAUAUUUGAGGCCCAUUCCACAGACCCAGAUGAUGAUUAUGAUUAUGAUGGUGAUAAGCCUCGUGAAGAGUGCGGUGUAGUUGGAAUCUUUGCUGACCCAGAAGCUUCAAGACUCUGUUACUUAGCUCUACAUGCUCUUCAACACAGGGGUCAAGAAGGUGCUGGAAUUGUGACUGUUCAUGACAGAGUCCUUCAUUCUGUUACUGGAGUUGGGCUUGUUUCUGAAGUGUUUAAUCAGUCUAAGCUUGAUCAACUUCCCGGUGAUUCCGCAAUUGGCCAUGUCAGGUACUCUACUGCUGGCUCUUCCAUGUUGAAAAAUGUUCAACCUUUUGUGACUAGAUAUAGGUAUGGCUCUGUUGGGGUGGCUCAUAAUGGUAAUUUGGUUAAUUAUCAGAAACUUAGGCAUGAAUUGGAAGAUAAUGGCUCCAUUUUUACCACUAGUUCUGAUACUGAAGUUGUUUUGCAUUUGAUUGCGAUAAGUAAAGCCAGACCCUUCUUUUUGAGGAUUGUUGAGGCUUGUGGGAAGCUUGAGGGUGCUUAUAGUAUGGUGUUUUUGACGGAGGAGAAGUUGGUUGCUGUUAGGGAUCCUUAUGGCUUUAGGCCUUUGGUUAUGGGAAGGAAGAGUAAUGGUGCUGUUGUCUUUGCUUCUGAGACUUGUGCUUUGGAUUUGAUUGAGGCUACUUAUGAGAGGGAGGUUAAUCCCGGGGAGGUUAUUGUCGUCGAUAAAACGGGUGUUCAGUCCUCACUGUGUUUGCUCACUCAUGUUGUCAGGAAAGCUUGUAUUUUUGAGCAUAUAUAUUUUGCUAUGCCUAAUUCUAUUGUUUUUGGGAGGUCGGUAUAUGCAUCUAGGCACAAGUAUGGGGAGAUUCUUGCUACGGAGGCUCCAGUUGAAUGUGAUGUUGUGAUUGCUGUUCCUGAUUCUGGAGUUGUGGCCGCGCUUGGUUACGCUGCAAAAUCAGGUGUGCCGUUUCAACAAGGAUUGAUCAGGUCACAUUAUGUUGGGAGGACUUUUAUUGAGCCUUCCCAAAAGAUUCGUGAUUUUGGAGUUAAGCUCAAGUUGUCACCUGUGAGGGCAGUUUUGGAAGGGAAAAGAGUUGUGGUUGUGGAUGACUCGAUUGUAAGAGGGACAACUUCUUCGAAGAUUGUUAGGUUGUUAAAGGAGGCAGGGGCCAAAGAAGUUCAUAUGAGGAUUGCGAGUCCACCUAUCAUUGGAUCUUGUUAUUAUGGAGUGGAUACUCCUAGCGCGGAGGAGCUGAUAUCGAAUAGGUUGAGUGUGGAAGGGAUCAGGGAUUAUAUUGGAUCAGAUUCACUGGCCUUUCUGCCAAUCGAGAGCAUGAAAGAGUUCUUGGGUAGUGAUUCUUCAAACUUUUGUUAUGCUUGCUUUUCUGGGAAGUACCCUGUGCUUCCUACCGGCAAAGUGAAACAUAUUGGGGAUGCGGUCGAUGAUGGUUUAAGUGGCAGCAUGGAAUACAUUGAUGGGGGUUGGAUUCAAGAAACCAAGAAUGACAAGGAGAAGAAUAUGAUUCCAGUUGCGGAGAAAGAUGAAAUUGUUGCCUAAACAAGAAUGUUGCUUUCAUAAUUAGGCAUCGGGGCAACUAAAUGAUUUCAAAAUGAUACCAUAAACUUAUUCUUUCGAUGAGCUAAUUACAACAACGACGACAGUACGGGUCUCACUUGUCCCUUAAGUUCAUUUGUUGUAAUGUUAUAGUUAAUGGCUUGUGAACUUUUAAAAGCCUUGAAAUAUGGUUGAGUGUUAACUUUUCUUGUUCAA